UGAAAUGGAAAGUAUUUCUAGUUCAAUUUAUCUUAAAGAAACUGAACCUAAUAUUAUACUAGAAGAUGAAGAUAUUCAAAAAUUUGAAGGUCUUCCAUUCAUGAUUAAGUUAACAACAAUUCAGGAUUCAAGAAAUUCUGCUUGUUUAUUUUUUAUUAAUGAAAAAAACAAUGAAAAAGAAUCUUCAAUUCCUUCUGAGAUUAAGAUUGUUGAUAAUACUAUUUUUUCAGCACCUUUUACCGUUCCUCCUUUCCCCGGAACAAAUUCAUUUUUAAUUGAUCAUUUAUGUAGAUAUCAAGUUUAUUACAAUAAUCAGUGUGUUUAUCGUAUCUAUUCCAAAAAAAAAUUUGUUAUCCAUAAUGAUCGUAAACCUUUGCAAUGUUUUUAUACCCCUUAA